AUGGCAUCUGCAGCAGCAAACCAACGUAGCCGGAAAAAUGUUAAAAAAGGAGUUCAAUUUACUAUAAUGAUUGUUGGUGCAAGUGGCACAGGAAGAACAACAUUUAUUAAUACUCUUUGUAAUGAAAAUAUUAUGGAGCAUAAAGAAGUAGAUGAUCCAGCAAAUGCACAUCUUGAAGAUGAGAUUUCAAUUCAUCCGGUAACAGUAGAUCUUGAAGAAGAUGGAACACGUAUUUCCUUAACAAUUGUGGAUUGUCCUUCAUUUGGAGAUAGUGUUAAUAAUGAGAUGCAUUUUCGAGAGAUUUUAGCUUACCUUGAGCGACAAUAUGAUAAUAUAUUGGCAGAAGAAUCAAGGAUUAAACGCAAUCCACGUUUUCGAGAUAACAGAGUGCACGUCUUACUAUAUUUUAUUGUACCAACGGGACAUGGACUUCGUGAAAUCGAUAUUGAAUUAAUGCGUCGUUUAUCUCCAAGAGUAAAUGUUAUUCCAGUAAUUGGCAAGGCAGACACACUUACAUUGGCGGAAUUGCAAGAAAAUAAAAAAUUAAUCAUGGAAGACAUAGAUCAUUAUAAUAUCCCUAUUUACAAUUUCCCUUAUGAUGUUGAAGAAGACGACGAAGAGACUGUUGAAGAAAACGCAGAAUUGCGUAGCAUGAUGCCAUUUGCUAUUGUAGGAAGCGAAGAUAUCAUUGAAUAUAAUGGACGACGUGUAAGAGCACGGCAAUAUCCAUGGGGGAUUGUCGAAGUUGAGAAUCCGGCUCAUUCCGACUUCUUGGUAGUAAAAUCAGUACUUUUGCGCACACAUCUAUGUGAUUUAAAGGAAAUCACUCACGAUUUUUUAUAUGAAAACUAUCGUACCGAAAAAUUAAGUAAAUCCGCUGAUGUCUCUGCUGAUAUAUCGAUUCGUCGAGAAGAUCUUGCAACCCAAUCCGUACGUUUAAAAGAAGAGCAAUUACGCCGUGAGGAAGAAAAACUCCGUGAAAUAGAGCUCAAAGUUCAACGAGAAAUCAGCGAAAAACGCCAGCAACUUCUUGCCAAAGAAGAAGCCCUUCGCAGUCUUGAAGCACGUCUUGCAGUUUCUUCUCAAAACGCUGCUCCAGACUCAUAA